UCGUUUUCAAUCACUCACUGAUAAAUGCUCACUCUCUCUCCCAAAUGCCAGCAAAAUAAAGGGGAAUACACACACCCACGAGAGAGAAAGGGUUCAAUCCGCCAUAUAACGUCGUUCUUCAUUGCUGUUCCAUGAUAUGUUUUGUUUGAUGAAUGAACUGUACUCUGGUGCCACAAGGUUCUAGACCUCAGUAUAGUGACAGGAAUUCUGCUUGAAAGCUUAAAUGUCUGGCAGUAAAGUGUUUUUAACAUACAAGAGAAAGCGAGCUUCAUCUAGUCUUAACCAUGGAAGUGGGUGUCCUAAUUCAGCUUCUGAAUGGCCAAUUGGUACUUGUUCAACUGGACCAAAAAAACAUAACGAACUGAGCAAUGAGUGCAUAUCAGAAAAUCAGAAAAUAGAUCCAGAGAUAUGGCUUGAAUGUGUUGUUUGUGGUGUUGGGGACAACACGCUGCAGUGUGAUAGCUGUCUUCAAUCAAAUCAUCUUCAAUGCCUUAAUUCCUCCCUCAAGCAUAUGCAACAUGGGAAAAGGUUGUGUUCCAGUUGCAUAAAAGAGCAUGAUUCUUCAACAUCACAGCUUGUCCAAGAAUCUGGUAGGAAUAAGGCUAAGAAACAGGUAGAAGGUUCUGAUACAAGAGAGGUGACAUGUGACUCUCAUAAAUUGGCUCUAAUAAGGAGUCCAGGCAAGGGUACCUCUAGAAAGGAUAUGGUAGAAUCAUUACCUACAGAUCUAUCUUUUGUUAAGAAGUUCAGUCACAUUCAGAGAGGCUCGUGUUCAUAUGUGAACUCUGGCUCUGCAUGCAAUGAUGGAUUUGCUGAAGGGAAUUUACUUUCUUGCUCUGUUGGGAUGAACUCUGAAAAGAAUUUGGAAACCCUUGGCUUAAAAUCCUCCUAUGGAAGGAAGUGCAGCUAUGGCUGUGCAGUCACAGCUGCAUCAAAAACAUUAAAUAUGGAAGGCUCUGAUUCACAAGCUAAAGAUAAGUCUAGUAAAGUAUUUGUUGAUUCACUUACACAAGCCAAGGUAACCACCCCAUUGCUUACUUUCAGUCGAAGAUCCAAAAGGAAAAGGGAUGUGGAUAGUACAAAUGCAGAAAGAAAGUUUCUGGUUGGGCAGAAAAGUUCAUUAAUUACCAAAUUGAAUGACUCUUCAUAUGGUAUUCCCUGUUUGUCUGAAGCAACUUCACAGAAAGGAUUUUCAGUAGCUCAUUCAGCAGAUUUGAAGCUACCAGGGGAGGGUCCCAACACCAAUAUGAAGCAUUUAUCUUGUCACACUCAUGACCAAGAUGAAGAAGAUGUUGAUUCAAAAAGUGCUCAUUCUGGAUUUGCUCCAGGAAUUGAGAUUGUGAAAUUUAAGGGAGAAGACUCAUCUAAUGGGGGAUGCACAUUUGGAGACACCUCACAUGUAACUGAACAAGUACUCGAUCAGAGCUCCAACCUUGCCAUGAAUUUCCAAGAGGAUCCCCUGAAAAAUUGUUUGGAAACCUCUUCAAAAGGUGCAGAUCAAGAUCCUGAUAGUGAGGCAACAGUUAAGGAUAAACAGCCAAUGUCACCUAUAGCUCAGGCUUCCAUUGGAGAAGAAUCUCAAAUGAAAGCAACAACAAAACCUGAUAAUAUUACAAGAGAUGGAGACUCCCUACUCUACUUGGAUCUAUCUGUUCCUCCUGACUCGUGUGGCACAAUGGACUGCAAUGUUACCUUGGAUUCAAGUCCCCAAAAACAACUUGUUCACGCUGCAUCAGACACUCUUCGGGGCUCCUUGGACUCGACAAGCAGAAGCCAUUCUACUGUUUUAGAGCAGGUUUCUCCUUCGGUUCAUGCAUUGGAUUUGUUGCAAACCAUAAAUGAGAAAGUUGGAGAAACUUCAUCCAUCCACCAUCUACAGGUUUUUGGAAAUACACAUACUUCCAUGGAAGAAGUUGGUGCCAACAGUAAAGAUUAUGGAAAAGGUUCUCCUCUGUUCCCCAUGGCCAUUAUGUCGAAGAAUAAAUGUCUCCAGUUGUUCUCGGAAGACAAAACCAUUGAUAUGGUUUGCAUGGCUAGUACACAGCUGGAGGAGACUGUCUAUCCAGGUUCCAGAGAAAGAACAAGUCUUCGGUUAGGAGGCGAUACUGUUCAAUCAAAACAGACUCCAACCAGAUCUCCACACUUUCUAGGUUUGUCUCUGCCAACAGAUCCUAAAAAUGCAGGACGAGACUCCAAGAGCUGCCCCGCCACAUUCCCAUUGCCAAAUUUAAGCAUUAAAACCAUGGAAAUGAUUCCAGAUGCAGCGGCCAAGUCUUCAACGAGUCAGAUGUCAUUGUUGAGGCACAGAUUGAUGCUUGAGAGCAUUGAAGCUAGAGCAAGAGCAUUGAAGGGCCGUGGCAGUUGUUCUGAUAAGUUUGAGCAGCAUACUACCCUGUGGCCAGAAGAGGAGUUGGAUUUUCUAUGGAUAGGUGUCAGGAGACAUGGAAGGGACAAUUGGGAUGCCAUGUUAAGGGACCCAAAAUUGCACUUCUCACCAUGGAGGGUGGCAAGCGACCUGGCUGAGCAGUGGGAAGUGGAACAGUCCAAACUUUUGAAUGGUAUGCUUGAAUCACAAGUAAAGCUCAGAAAACCACCAGAUGUUUCUUCAAACAGGAACAGCGGCUUCCUGCAUCCUAGAACAGGAAUCCACAGAGAGAAUUUAAUGGAUGAAACUCAACUAUCACUUGGAGAUUUGUAUGUCCAGAAGGAGGGUAAUGUCCCAAAGAGGUCACCAUUGAGCUCGGCCAAUAUUCAGAAAAAUGGAGCCAAACAGCUUCAGAGAUCUGGUAGAAACCCAAGGAGAAACCUUUUUUCAGAUUGUAAAGGGAAGUAUGAUAGGGGUUUGUUCAACCAUAUGGAAAGCAAAGCCAUGCUAAGAGACGAAUCUUUAUUGACUGAUGGCCCCUCAACUAGUUUUGCAGCAAAGGGCAACUUACCCCACUGGCUCAGAGAAGCGAUUACCACCCCUCCUCCAAGGCUGGCAGAGCCACCUCUGCCUACUGUUGGUUCAUCAGGAGCUCAUUCAGGGAUGUACCGAGUUACCCAAAAUUAUUCGAACCCUAUCGAGCUGCAUAGUGGGCCAAGGGGCAGAAUGAAUAGCAGGUUUGGUGAUUUAAGAAUGAAUGAUCUACAGCCAUCUAGUGAUGCCCAUUACACGAACUUCACAUCAGGAACAAGGCUUGGAACAGCUGAACCAAGCAGCAAGUGCUCAUGUGGAGGCAAUAAACCAGGCAACUUAAUCAUCAUCGAUAGUGAUGCAUCUUCUGAAGAGACGAUAUCUGAUGAUCAUAGUGCUAGGCCUUAGCUUUAAUGGAAGGGCUUCUGCAAUAAAAUUCUGGCAAAUAUGUAGAAAGGUAGGUAUAUUUACCUGCUGUACAGUUCUAUAGUUCUUUGUUAGAUGCAACUUUGGGAUGUUUCCAACUUUUGUUACUGUGCUUGGAGUCAUUCAUGUCGAUGGCGAUGUCAAACUGAAAUAUCUUGCAGUGUUAUGAAAGCGGAAUCCAUGGCCAACUCUAUGGAUUUUCCAUCAAACUUAGAGAUCUUAGUGACAAACUGAUAUUCUCGAGAAAGGCUGAAGCCUGGAGGUUCAUUAUCACCCUCCCUAUUAAUCUUCAAUUAUUCUUAAUACUAUCUGUACAUUUUAUCUUGCUUAUUGAUCUUGUACCAUGCUUUUUUGCAUGGAUUUCAAUC